AUGUCUGAUAAAAUGACCAAGUAUCUCAUGUCGUGCUACCACGCCGACUGCUGCGAGAUGGUAUUCCCAGAGAGGGGCAAGAUCGCCGUGGAUGCAAAUAGUGUGAAGAGGAUCUGGGAUCUUCCAAACAGGGGGCAGCCGGUGCCAUACGUGGUAGAUCAUGACGCCAACCACACCAUCGUUGAAAUGUAUGGCCUGGAGAAUGCCAAAUUAGCACAGCUGUCCACCUGGGUCAAUAUGAUAAAGGACAUGAACGGGACAGCAGAUGACAACUUUUUUAGAGCGUGGCUCAUCGCAGCGAUCAGUGGGUUCCUCCGCCCCAGCACCAGCACAAAAGUGAGCCCAAAAAGCUUUCUGGCGGUGCUCGACCUAACAAAGUUGCCAGAUUUGGAUUUCUGUCAAUUUGUGGCAGAUUCUAUCCAACACGCGUUCCUUGAUCUUGGCGACAAGAAAAAUUCGGUGUCGUGCUGUGUAUUCCAUCUUCUGAUGUUAUACCUGGACUCCCUUGACCACGGCGAGCGCAUCAGUGGCUGCGGGAUGAGGGUUCAAGCAUGGACCCCAGCUCUUAUUAAGAAAGUCAUUAAGAAAGACACAAAGGAGGAUGGGCAGUUCGGCAAGUUGCCGCUAAAGGAUAAGAAGAGGAAAAUUGCCGAUCUUGUCAGCAGCUUUUGCACUGAUAUCUCAAAGCACAUAUCAAUGAAGAUGAGUGCGUUCGUGCAAGGCAUAGCAAAGAUAUAUGAGGAAUCUGAUGGAGCAAGCAGCAGUAACCCUACAAGGAAGAGGCCUCGCACGGACGAUGACGAAAGCGAGUUUGAAGACGGCGAAGACAGCGUAGAAGAAGAUGAAGAAGGGGCAACGGGUGACGAUGACAAUCUCACCAGCUCCGAUGAGUCUGGCAGCGACGGUGACGGUGCCAGCAAAGACUUUUUGAGCUUUGAAGAGAAUGUACAGAAGAAGGCAUUCGAUGAGGUUGCAGCAAGUGAACUGAAGAGGGAUGAUGAAAAAAAGUGGCUGGCGGAGUACGAGCCCGUGGGCUUCUUCGACGUCCUGGACACGCUUUCCGAUGAAGGCAUGGAUUUCGGCGACCACCACCUCCCGGCGGCGGCCGCCGUGGACCGUGGUGCAGAGGAAGCAUCCGGCGGGGUGCCAGAAGAGGAACGUGGUGCGGCCCCUGGUUCCUCCCCGAUUCUACGUACAGGCAUUGAGACCCGAUGUAAAUUGUGA